CAGCUAACUAUAUCUAAACACAACAGCCUAGCAUAAUUACGCUGUGCCACCUUUCCAUCAGAUCGUCGUGGCUAGUACACAGACUGAAGUAGAAAUAGCGCUGCCGGGAAGAAACAACAUUAAGUUGGCGACACGAGAGGCACGUCGCUAUAGCCUGUAUAUUUCUCUGAUUGCAUCACUCUUUCAUUUCCAAGACUUGGAAUAUUGUAGCCACGUCCCAGACGAGCUCAUCUGUUCAAUUUGA